AUGAAAAAGCUCCUGCUCGUUGCGCUGCUUUACCUGGUGAGGCAGCAGCUUCCCGCACACGCAGAAGAACACAUCUGCGAUUUCACUAAGGAGAAGUACCUUCUGGGGAAGAAUGAAAAAGAAUACUGUGUGGUGAAUGCCAAACCUUUCGAUAGCGUAACAUUUAUAUGUCCCAAAAAAAUCGGAGCACAGUGCUUUCAGAAUGUAAACACGGUAGACGAUAUAAGGAAUGAAAAAAUGGAAUCAUCGAAGAUAUCUAUAGAUGAACUGCUAUACGGAUCGACCCUGUAUGGAGACACCCUUCUAAUAUCCCCCACGGUGAAGCAAAGCAAAACCUUCUACUGUUUCUGUAACUUACAAAUGGAGAAUUUGAAGAAAUACCUAAAGAACAAAAGAUUGUCCAAGGAAAAAGAAAAUGCGCAAAAGAAAUCCCCUGUCGAUGUGGAUGAUUUGAAAAAUGGAAAUGAAGACAUGGAGGUGGUAAUCCCAGAGAAGCAAAUAGAUGAGCAUCUAGUUCGAGCAUUACAUAGGGUAAAAAAAAUUAGAAAUAUAAUCGAGCGUGAAAAAAAUAAACAGGAAGGAGAUAAGACUCAAAAUCCGGAAAACCAAGAAGAACUUGUAAUUGAUGAGAAGGAAGAAGAAGAAGAUAAAGAAGUGGAUGAUAGUAAAAUUGAAAAAAUUAUUACAAAGUAUGGAAUAAUGAAAGUUGUUGUUUCUACGAAUGAUACAAUAACUAAAGGGUGCGAUUUCGGAAAUAAUGUAGUGAACUAUUUUUCUAAACCCUAUCCUGUUGAGAGGUAUGGAGGCAGUAAGGUGUGCAGAAUUGAGGCGAAGCCAGGAGAGUUCGUAGGAUUCAAGUGCAUAUAUGAUAACACGGGUAGCGUCGAACCACAUAACUGCUUUGACAAGGUUAUUUACGAGGGUAAUCAAACCGACUUACAGACCAUCAUGCCUGGUUAUAUAUCAUAUGGUAACAAACAGAAGGGGAAGUACGCCUUUUACUUAAAGUUGCCCCACUUUGUGCAACACAACUACACCAUUCAGUGCAAGUGCAGGUCCACCGUGCCGCAGUUUGAUAACUACGUCUUCGAGCUGGCCGUGGAGGGGGGCGAGAGCGAAAUUGUUGCCAAGUCCUUCCAG